GAGACCAUCAGCAGCUUGUGCUAGUCCGAUUUAUCUACCUCGCAUGAAAUUAUGAGUUUAAAUAGUAUUGAAUUUGUGAACCCAGAAAGUUUUGUGAUAAAAAGCGAGCCUGAGGAAGAUAUUUUCGAUGUUAAUCCCGUCGCUUCCAAUUUAGUUCCUGAUGUUUAUAAUGUGAAGUGUGGCGAGAUAUUCACUUCAAACAAUUCCAAUUUUACCUUAAUAUGUGCGUUCUGUGGUAGUUGUUACAGCAAUAUUCCAGAAUUUGGGGAGCAUCUGCGUCGACAUAAUAAAAAUGACAAUGACGAUUUCUACGAGACCAUUUGGGAUAGUGAAACCAAAGAGAGUGGUGGCAGUUUCGAUACAAAUGAUGUCCUGGGCGUCAGUGAUAGUCAGUUGCCUCAGGAGGAGUUUGAAUGUAAAGAUUGCAAGGUGUCCUUUGGAUCAAAGACACUACUCAAACAGCAUAAAUGCCAGACUAAGUAUGAUCAACAAAUUUUGGAAGGCGGAGAGGCAGGUGUAGAAGAAGUUGAGCAUAAGCAUCCAAUGGACAACAAGCCGACAAUUAGCAAAUUGUGCUGUACUUUUUGUCACAAAUCGUAUAGUAGCGAGCAGACGCUGCGACGACACAAGUGCAAACGCAAUAAAAUGUCUAAACAAAAGCCCAUUGUAGGCAUUACGCCACAUAUUGCCGAUGAACCUGAGGAUCCUUCUCAGCAAGUCGGGAAAGGCCAUUCUGACCUUGUCAGUAGCCCUGAAGGCAAAGAUGAUCCAAGUGAACUUAGUAAUACAUCAAACCCGCUAGCGAAAAAGUUAAACCCAGACUUUUAUUGCGAAAUAUGCGACCAACAAUUCAGUUCUCAAUUCUCCUUCAGAAAGCAUGGGAUGCGCCAUCCGGUAGCCCCAAUCGCACUGCAGAAAGAUCCUGACUACCUCAAAUGCUCUUAUUGUGGUUUGGAACUCGCAAAUACUUCCGAAUGGUAUGACCACGAAAAUUCUCACACUGAGGAGAAUAAGUACCAGUGCCCCUACUGCCCGAAAAGGUUCAAACGACCUUAUACACGUAAAUUACACAUGUACAGUCACACGGGGGCUCGACCUUUUAAAUGUCCUCACUGCGGGGCCGCAUUCUCUAAUGCCACCAACAUGCAAACCCACGUUAAAGGUGUCCACCUUCGCCUAAUGCCGCACGCAUGCACCCUCUGCGACAAGAAGUUCGUCAGAAAUGUGGAACUUAAAGUCCACAUGCGACAACACACCGGCGAAAAACCCUAUCAAUGCGAGGAGUGUGGAAAAAAUUUCAUGCUAGCCGUUCACCUCAAUGAGCAUCGAAAACGACAUGCAAACUUGCGGGAUGCCAAGUGCCCUUCAUGUCCGAUGGCUUUUAACAGUAAAAAGAUGCUAGCCAGACACAUGAUUAAGCAUUCGGAUUUACGGCCUCAUAAAUGUGCAACGUGCGGUCAGACUUUUAGUCGGAAAAACGCUUUGGCCACUCAUGCUAAAAUCCAUCAAGAUGUUAAGGAGUACGUUUGUGUUAUUUGUGGAAAAGCAUUCGCUCAGCCAGCAGGACUACAUUCACACAGAAAAUCGCAUAUGAAAUCGAUGGAUUCGUACGAUAAAUCUGUGCAUGAGGGUACUACCCUGCACACGGAAAAAAUCGUGCUUGAACAACCAAAUUUUAAUAUUAAAAAUAAAGAAAUAAAACUUCCAAACAACGACUCGACACAGACCGUCAACAACUUUCACCUGUCGGACUUAUUUACCUCGCAUGAGAUUAUGAGUUUAAAUAGUAUUGAAUUCGUGAAUCCAGAAAGUGUUGUGAUAAAAAGCGAAAAGACCGAAGAAGAUAUUUUCAAUGGAAAUCCCGUCAAUUCUAAUUUAGCGCCGAAUGUUUCCAAUACAAAGUGUGGCGAGAUAUUCACUUCAAACAAUUCCGAUUUUACCUUAAUAUGUGCGUUUUGUGGCGGUUGUUAUAAUAAUAUUCCAGAAUUUGGAGAACAUCUGCGUCAAAAUCAUAAAAAUGAAAAUGACGAUUUCUACGAGAGCCUUUGGGAAAGUGAGACUAAAGUGAGUGUAGCCAGUUUCGAUGGGAAUGAUGAGUCCGGGGGCGUCGGUAAUAGUCAGCCGAAUCAGGCGGAGUUUGAAUGUAAGGAGUGUAAAAAGUUGUUUGGAUCGCAGCUACUGCUCAAACGGCAUAAAUGCCAGGUCACGUACGAUGAAAAUAUUUCGGGAGAUGGAGGGACAGGUGCAGAAAAAGUUGAUUAUAAGCAUCCAGUCAACAGCAAGCCGCCAACUGCCAAAUUGUUCUGUUCUUUCUGCAACAAACAGUACCGUAGCCCGCAGACCCUGCAACGACACAAGUGUAAACUCAAUAAAGAGCCUAAACAAACGCCUACUGUAGAUCUUACACCAGUUCUUGUCGAUGCAACCCAGGAUCCUUCUCAGCAAGUCGGGGCAGAUCAUUCAGACUUUGCCAGUAGCACUGAAAGCCAAGACGAUCCAAGUAGCCUUGGUAAUACAUCUAAGGACCCGGUAGAGAAGAAUAAGAAGCCUCCGAACCCAGAUCUUUAUUGCGAAAUAUGCGAUCGACGAUUUAAAUACAAAAACAUCUUCAAAAAGCAUGGAAUGCGGCAUCCAGUAGCACCGAUCGCACUGCAAAAUGAUCCUGAUUAUCUUAAAUGCUGUUAUUGUAGUUUGAAACUCGCCAACAACGCCGAAUGGUAUGAGCACGAAAAUUCCCACACCGAGGAUACCCCAUUCCAGUGUUCCUACUGCCCGAAGAGGUUCAAAAGCCGUCAUGAGGUUGAGAUGCACACGAACAGUCACACGGGAGCCCGGCCUUAUAAAUGUGCUCAAUGCGGUGCCUCAUUUGCUCACUCCAACAACCUGUCGACCCACAUCAAACGCGUCCACCUCCGCCUGACACCGUUCUCAUGCACCCUCUGCGACAAGAAGUUCGUCAGAAACGUGGAACUUACAAUUCACAUGCGACAACACACCGGCGAGAAACCUUAUCAGUGCGAGGAGUGCGGAAGGAGCUUCAUGAUAGCCGUCCAACUCAAUGAGCACCGGAAACGACACACAAACAUUCGGGACGUUAAGUGUCCUUCAUGUCCGAUGGCCUUUUUCACGAAAAAGAUGCUCCGCAAACAUAUGGUUAAGCAUUCAGAUUCACGCCCUCAUGUAUGUGCAAUAUGCGGCAGGACCUUCAGUCGAAAGAAGGCUUUGGUCGUUCAUAAUAAAAUUCAUCAGGAUAUUAAGGAGUAUGUUUGUGCCAUUUGUGGAAAAGCAUUCGCUCAACCCGCUGGAUUGUAUUCACAUAAGAAAUCACAUAUGACUGUCGAUACAAACACGAAGUACGUCCGCCCACGGCAGAUGUCACGAAACAAGUGGAUAAAUCGUGAAAAUCGCAUUCAAAUUCCAACUGGCGAAGCCUUUCUCAAGUCCAUCAUGUAUCGGCCCCUUAACAUGCCAACAGUUCAUUGUGAAUUGACACAAAUAAACGAAGCUAAAAAAACGUCAUCCAAAUGGGGUGGCAUCUGUCACUCGACGUCCAACCUCUUAAAACACCAAACAAUCUGGACUAGCAACGGCGAGACACUUGCCCGUUUGUUUAUUGCACGUGUCGAAAUGAGCGCAAUCGACUCAGAAUUCGUGAAUCCAACGAACAUAGUGAUAAAGAGUGAAAUAAUCAAAGAUGAUCUUAGUUACAACGAAACGAAUUUCCCCCUGGACCCUAGCGCGUGUAGCACUAAUGCAAAGUGCGGCGAAAUCUUCACAUCGAACUAUGUUGACUUUCUGUUAAUUUGUGCUUAUUGCGGGGAUAAUUACAGCAGCAUAAUUGACUUUGGAGAGCAUCUACGAUGCAAGCACACCGCCUUCUGCGAAACAAUACUGAAAACUGAAGCUGAUACGAAAAUAGAGGAGGUGACAACAGAGGAAAACGACUUCGUCGACACCGAGGAGGAAAGGGAACUGGUUGAGAAGCCCGAGAAGCGUUCAAAGCCUAAGUUUGUGUGCAAAUGCUGCAACAAACUCUACCGUUACAAGCUGAGUUUCCAGCGACACAAGUGCCCGGCAAGUGCUGCUAAGAGGAAAGAAGCUGCAUCAGACGACCAAAGACUCGCCACUGCUGACUCCGAACCUGAACCACAUCUUUCUGCCACCAACGAAGCAAGCGAUCGCGAGAACUCUGACGAUGAAAACUUGUUAGAACCCGCGGAAAACGAGCCAAGAGAAGAAGCCGAUUUAGACCAAACCAUCCGCAACCCUGAGCUCUUCUGUGAAAUCUGCUAUCGACAAUUCAAGUACAAAAAUGUCUUCAGGAAGCAUGGAAUGCAGCACGAAGUCGCUCCCAUGGCACUCCAAAACGACCCGACCUACCGCAAAUGCAUUUACUGCGGCAUGACAUUCACCAACAACGGCGAAUGGUUCCGUCACGAAAGCGAUCAUCCGAAAACUGGUCCCUUGCGCUGUUCGCAAUGCUCGAAAAAGUUCAAAACAGAGUACGAGCUUGAACUGCACGCCAAGAGUCACGUCGAUCAAGGGCCGGUCACAUGUGAACAAUGCGGCAUGACCUUCUCCCAGGCCAAGAAUCUUGCAUCGCAUAUCAACCGGGUACAUCUCCAACUCAAACCAUUCUCCUGCGAACUCUGUGAUAGGAAAUUUGUACGAAAAGUUGAACUGCGAGUUCAUAUGCGACGACAUACCGGCGAGCGACCGUAUCAGUGUGAGGAAUGCGGGAGAAGUUUCAUGAUUUCGACUCUGCUAAAUGAACAUCUUAAACGACACUCAAAUGUUCGGGAUGUCAAGUGUCCUGAUUGCCCGAUGGCGUUUUUUACGAAGAAGAUGCUCAGGAAACAUAUGCGCCAUUGUGAAUUGUCGCCAUCGUUCAAAUGCAAGAAGACCGAAUUCUGUCAAGUGACGAUUCGACGUCAACGUCAAAUCCUAGGGAGUACGGGUAUCAACAAACUUGCUUGUGUUGAUUUUCUUAUUUCGCGGAUAAAUAUGAGUUUAAAUGAUAUCGAAUUCGUGAAUCCAGAAAACGUAGUAAUCAAAAACGAGUACAUAAGAGAUGAUGAGAGUGAAAUCGACGCGAAUUUCACAUUCAACGCCAACAAUGAUAGCACAAAGUGCGGCGAGAUCUUCACCUCCAAUAACAUAGAUUUUAUGCUGUGCUGUGCAUUCUGCCACAGCAUUUUCAACACCCUCAACGAAUUCGGCGAGCAUUUGCGACUGAAGCAUCAAAACCCAGGAGCAAGCUUUGUGGAAGAGUAUUGCAAAAGUGAGUCGGAACAGGAGUUCCCUUUACCUGAGCCCACCGAAGCUGAGGAGGACGAGAUCGUUUGCGAUAGAGAAGUAAAGGCGCCGAAGGAAGCAAAGUAUGCAUGCAAAGACUGUAACAAGCGAUACCGGUACAAACUAAGCUUUCAGCGGCACAAAUGCCGCGCUUUGCUAUACAAGAAAAGGGAGUCGAUCUCUGCGGGGAUAGAUGACCUGCAUCAGCCACCGGAAAUUCGACUUGAAACUGUUGUCCAGUCGGACGUUAUCACUCCCGAAAUUGAUAUCGAUAUAAAUGACUCGAUCAGGAUGAAAUUGAAACAGGAACUCGAUGUGGAAAGUACAGCGAAUCUCUUCAAGAUAUCGGGAGUGAUGGACUCCCCGCCCGAGCACAAGUAUGACUCAAGCAAUGCAGAAAUGGGCCAUGAAAUGGAUCAGGAUCAUGAGAUGGGGGUCCCGAAUCCAGAUCUGUUUUGCGACAUAUGCCACCGUCAGUUUAAAUACAAAAACGUUUUCCGGAGACAUGGAAUGCAGCACGAAGUCGGACCCUUGGCAUUACGGAAGGAUCCGAACUAUCGCAAAUGCAUCGAAUGUGGCCUUGAGUUUACGAACAACGCAGAAUGGCUUGAGCACGAGUUGAACCAUCCAAAAAUCAAACCAUUCCAAUGCACAUUCUGCCAGAAGAAAUUCAAAACAAACUCAGAACUCGAAGCACACACGAAAAAUCACACGGUCGAGGGCCCCGUGAAAUGCGAGCAAUGCGGCGCCGACUUUGUUCGCUAUAAAAAUCUCUUGUCCCACAUAAAUCGGGUCCAUUUGCAAGUCAAGCCAUUCGCGUGCACUCUCUGUGAUAAGAGAUUCCCUCAAAAUGCGGAGCUUCGUGUGCAUAUGCGACGUCAUACCGGCGAGAAACCGUAUCAGUGUGAAGAGUGCGGACAAAGUUUCAUGGUAGCCACUAAGCUGAAUGAACAUCUUAAGCGACACGCCGGUGUCCGCGAUGUACAGUGUCCGGUUUGUCCGAUGGCCUUUGUUACAAAGAAAAUGCUACGCAAGCAUAUGGUGAAACACUCAACGGAACGACCACAUGUUUGUGCCACUUGUGGAAAUACGUUCAGUCGACGGAAAGCUCUUCUGGCGCAUGUUAAGAUCCAUAAAGAGGUGAAGGAAUAUGUCUGUAAUUUGUGUGGCAAAGCUUUUGCACAACAUGCAGGAUUGUAUAUGCACCGGAAAACUCAUUUGAACGAUUGAAAUGACUUAGGACGAGCUCCGGAAACGGUUUGGCGUUAUAUGAAAUUUUUGCCUAAGGACAAGAUGAUCUUGAGAGGAGAAAGCUACAGCAGCGAGUUCCGUGUCGUCUAUUUUUAACUAUCAACCGCAGCAAGAAAUCAUAGCAAUGAUCAUUAGCCUUAAGGAAGUGCAUUCUCUGCCUCCGCACUCAUUUUCGUAACAUUAUUCGACACAAUGUGAAACCUUCUCCAUAACACUUCCCUGCGAAUCCCAGCCUUAGGAUCCACUUAUUCAUGACAUUCGAGUUUCCUUGCAUCCAACCUUUCGAUAAUGAUACCUUCUCAAAGCGUGUAUUUCGUGAAUCUAUUUUCUGUUUCCUCGCCUUCGAUACAUAAAAUGGAUUUCUGACAAAAGCAACGUUUCAACAAAACGAAUUCCAACUUUUUAAGUUUUAAUUUAUAAAAACGAAUGAUUUCAAUAGGCAAAUGAUAGUUAUUAAGCGAAAAGUAUUGUAUAUAAUAAUCAAAUAUAAUUUCUUUAGUUGAAGAGAAAGAAAAAAAAGCGUUUGCGUGCAAUUCGUAAAAAAUAAUCCAAUCCAUGAAGGAAAAAUCCAUUGUUUCGAUGAAAGAUCUCCAAAAAUUACGUUAUACUUUCCAGUUCUGUUUAGGAAUCUAAUCAUGCACACAAUUCUUUAAGUAUUGAAUGUCUUUUUUUAUAUUUUAGGGUUUUAUACAGUAGAUACUAAGCAGAUAUAGAUGAAAACUGUUUUAGGAUUAGUUCAAUGUUAACUACUUUAGAUUUAUAAUAAGUUCAAAAGCUCGAAUAAAUAUAUUUUUAGAAAAAUCAA